UAUGCCCCCCAAAAAAAAUCUUUAAGCAAAACAAACACGCACGCACAAGCCCCAUUAAAAUGUUCCUGCUCUGUUCACAUUCAUCUUCUCAUAUCUUGCUCAAAUAACUCCAAUGCUCCUCCAUCUUUUUCCGAAAAAAUCUUAAAAAAAGACUUCAAUUUCGUGGUGGGGUGUCUAUGGAUUUUGGGGGUUUAGCAAGUCUCCUCUGUUCAGACACCACUAAUAACUCUCUGAUUUCUGCAUUAGAUUUGGAUCAGAAACACAAAUUCAAACAUGAACAGUCUCUUUCUGGUUCUGGUUCUGCAACUGUACUGAAUCAUGAUGAAUGGAGGGAGAUGAAGGUUCCUAGGAUUAGUCAAGAGGAAGAUAUUUCUAAGGGAAUGUUGUUGCAGCAGCAGCAGCAGAGAUCUAGUUGCUCUGUUUUUGAUGGUGCACAGAAUAUGCUUAGCUUUUCUGAACCCAAUAGUCAUUUGACCAAUGCAUUGCCUUAUUAUGCAAGAAAGAAUGUUGGGUAUGGUGUCCGAGGGGUGCUCGCCGGAGUUAGAGGGCCUUUCACGGCGUCACAGUGGAUGGAGUUAGAACACCAAGCAUUGAUCUACAAAUACAUAACGGUUAACGCACCGAUUCCGUCUAAUCUCCUUAUUCCGAUCAGAAAAGCUCUUGAAACGGCAGCGUUUUGUUAUCCUGGAGCCAAUCUCCGGCACACCGCCUAUGGAUGGGGUGGUUUCCAUAUGGGGUUUUCGAAUAACUCCGAUCCGGAGCCAGGGCGGUGCCGGAGGACCGACGGAAAGAAGUGGCGGUGCUCGAGGGACGCAGUGGCGGAUCAGAAGUAUUGCGAACGGCAUAUGAACAGAGGUCGUCAUCGUUCAAGAAAGCCUGUGGAAGGCCAACCGGGCCAUUCCGUCUCCAACGGACCUACCGCUACCGCCACCGCUAAUGCUGCCGUCAUCUCCACUCCGACUGCCACCACCGCCGCCACCGGUAUCAGCCACUUGAGCCAACAAAAUCAACACCAAUUUGGCAGUUUCUUAAAAACUGGAGAUUUGGGGUCUAACAAAAUUCAAGAUUCAUCAAGCCAUUCCAUGUUAUCUGCAUCAUCAAUUGGGCUGAAACCGACAGCGAUUUCAGUUCCUUCGGAGUUCGGACUAGUUACCUCCGACUCCUUGCUCAACCCGUUACAGAAAAACGACAAUGCAGAUCAUAAACCGCAAAAUUCUCUUCACCAAUUCAUGGACGACUGGCCACAUCCGGCCAAAUCGAACUUCAUAUCAUCAAACUCAUCCCCAAACAGCGAAAGACUCAACUUGUCGCCUCUAAGAAUGGGACUGGGAGUGGGUAACACCACGGCCCCCAACGUUUUCGAUGAAAGGUCUCAAGCAGUGAACUGGAUCCCCGUGUCUUGGGAAACCUCAUCGGGCGGGCCCUUAGGUGAAGUCUUGAAUCACAAUACAAACAACGGACCGUCGGCACUAAAUCUGAUGACAGAUGGUUGGGACAGUAGUCAACAGAUGACAUUGUCUCCGACUGGAGUGCUGCAAAAGACGGGUUUUGGUUGUUUUUCAAAUAGUAGUGCCGGAAGCAGCCCAAGAACAGACAACAGUCUUGUUGGAUCCACACUCAUCACAUCUUCCUUGCCUUUGUUGUAAACUUUUAACUAUCAUGAUUUGUGUUUGAAAAUUCAAUUAAUUAUGUGUAUGUUAAGUUAAUUUGUUUGUGUUUUUUUAUGUUUGGGGCAACACUUGUGACCAAAUUUAAUGAAAUCUAAAUGUUGUUGGCACCAAA